GAGCAUAUGAGCACUGCCUUUUCGGAUAACUUUUGUUUCCUGUUUUAAUAAUACACUGAAGAACAAAAUACAGGGUCCAUUUAGAAAUGGCGAAAUGGACAUUUAUCGUGAUUCCCAUGACAAUGCUUUCAAACAGAGGAAAGAACAUGACAUGAUCCACUUGUCAACUACAAUCCAGAUCCGAAACAUGGGACUUUUAAUCAUGGAUUGGUCUAGAGAACUCUGUAAUAAAACAAACACCCACGGAAACAAUCAAUUGACAACUACUGAAAGCGUUGAGUGAUUAAUAAUUUCAUUAAAAGAUUACAAAAACUCGAAAAUGAAUCUGGUCCAAACCCAGGCAUUUGCAAUAAAAAAAUGGCCUUUGGGAUCACUGAAGAGCCAAAUUUAUCCAAAUCUAACGUGGAGGAAAAUUGAUGGGGAAGAAGAAAUAUAAUAUUUGUCGUAUUCCAAGUGUCUGGGUUGGCACCUUUUACAACAUGGAAAAAAAACCCCAAUAAUUGAAGUACAGUAAUAAGAAUAAUAAUUAAUGGAGGAGAGGUGGCGAAUGGGAAUGGGAUUGGCUGAUGGGAUUGAUGGCUUAUGUCAUGGGGACAAAUUUAAGUCAAAUUGGAUCAACCCAACAACAGCAGUUUCUCCAGAAUCUGAUCCAACCCACAAGAAGGAAAAGAAAAAAAAAAAAACGUUUCUCCACUCCCACCAACUCUUUUUUCCAAGUGUUUCAGAUAAGCAAAGCUCUGAUCUUGGAGAAAGAUUUUGGGAAUGGAUAAUCAAACUGAUGAUAACAGUGAACAGCCUGUUCAAGACCUUCCUGAUUCGAAUGGGGUGGAUGCUAAUCAGCUUCAUCAGAAGCCUGAAGUUGUCACUCACAAUAUAAUCUUAUGGAAGAAUGGCUUCACGGUUGAUGAGGGUCCAUUUCGGGGAUUAGAUGAUCCUGAAAAUGCAUCAUUUUUGGAGAGCAUUGGAAAAUCAGAAUGUCCGAAGGAGCUUCAGCCAACAAAGAUGGGCACUGCAGUCUUUGUUAAUGUCAUAAGAAAGGAAGAAUACUACAAUGGUCAAGAUUGGUCAACCAAUAUCAUGCCUGUGGAGCCAACUGAUGUUUCCCCACCUCUUUCCACAGCCCCAGGCCCGGACACAGAUUUGAUUGUUGAUCCAAUGCCAUCUUCUACCUCAAUGCCAUACGCUGUCACUGCUUCAUUAAAUGAUGAGCAAGAACAUUCGGAAAAUGGUAGAGAUCUCGAGAGCAACUCACUACAUCAACCCCUCCUCCUGAAGAGGAACAAGACGCUAUCUUCCUCUCCGCUAGCCAUGGUUGGUGCCAAGGUUUCUUACAUAGAGAGCUUAGACUACGAGUACCUAAUGGGCUUCUUAUACUUUGCCGGGGCUAAUCUUGGCCUGACGCUUGUGGCAGCUGUUCUCUGCGUGUAUUUCGCACCAACUGCAGCAGGACCUGGAAUACCUGAGAUCAAAGCUUAUCUUAAUGGGGUUGAUACACCUAAUAUGUAUGGUGCUGCACCAUUGAUUGUCAAGAUAAUUGGAAGCAUUGGAGCUGUUUCUGCUGGCUUAGACCUUGGAAAAGAAGGCCCUUUGGUGCAUAUUGGUGCCUGCAUAUCUUCCUUACUAGGACAAGGCGGGACUGAAAAUUAUCGUAUUAAAUGGAGAUGGCUUCGAUACUUUAACAAUGAUAGAGACAUGCGUGAUCUCAUCACCUGUGGCGCCUCUUCAGGUGUCUGUGCUGCUUUCCGGUCACCAGUUGGUGGUGUUCUGUUUGCUCUUGAGGAGGUUGCGACAUGGUGGAGAAGUGCUCUUUUGUGGAGAACAUUUUUCAGUACAGCAGUGGUUGUGGUGGUGCUCAGAGCUGUCAUCCAAAUCUGCAAAUUCGGACACUGUGGACUCUUUGGAAAAGGAGGUCUUAUAAUGUUUGACGUCAGUGGUGUUUCUGUUAGUUAUCACCUUGUAGACAUCAUCCCUGUGGUUAUCAUUGGUGUCAUUGGUGGACUUCUGGGAAGCUUCUACAACCAUGUUCUCCAUAAGGUCCUCAGGCUUUACAAUAUGAUCAAUGAGAAAGGAAAACUACAUAAACUUGCACUGGCUCUGAGUGUCUCCAUCUUCACUUCUGCAUGCCUAUAUGGACUGCCAUUCCUUGCUAGGUGUAAGCCGUGUGAUCCCAACUUUCCAGAUACUUGCCCAACUAAUGGAGGAGCUGGAAACUUCAAACAAUUCAAAUGCCCAGAUGGCUACUAUAGCGACCUGGCCACUCUUCUGGUGACCACCAAUGAUGAUGCUGUUCGCAACAUUUUCUCCCUAAACACCAGAACAGAAUUUGAUAUCUUCUCCCUAACUAUCUUCUUUUUCCUGUACUGGAUCCUUGGGCUUAUAACAUUUGGUAUUGCGGUUCCUUCAGGGCUCUUCCUCCCUAUUAUCCUUAUGGGUUCUGCAUACGGUCGAAUGCUAGGCAUGGCUAUGGGAACAUACACUAAAAUUGACCAGGGACUAUAUGCUGUCCUUGGUGCAGCUUCCCUAAUGGCGGGUUCCAUGCGAAUGACUGUUUCUGUUUGUGUCAUAUUCCUUGAGCUCACUAAUAAUCUUCUUCUGCUACCCAUUACAAUGCUAGUUCUUCUGAUUGCAAAAACUGUUGGAGACUGUUUCAACCCGAGCAUAUAUGAAAUAAUACUGGAACUCAAAGGGCUACCUUUCCUGGAAUCACAUCCUGAGCCCUGGAUGAGAAAUAUCACAGUUGGAGAGCUUGCUGAUGCAAAAUCUCCUGUUGUAACUCUAAACGGGGUUGAGAAAGUCAGCCGGAUAGUGGACGUGCUGAGGAACACAACCCAUAAUGGCUUCCCUGUGGUGGAUAAAGGAACAAAGCCACCAGGGGCAGCUGAAGAACUCCAUGGAAUUGUGCUGAGAGCUCACCUUCUUUUAGUGCUGAAAAGGAAAUGGUUUUUGAAAGAAAGGCGGAGAACAAAGGAGUGGGAAGUGAGGGAGAAAUUCAGCUGGGUAGACUUGGCUGAAAGACAGGGACACAUUGAUGAUGUAGCUGUGACAAAGGACGAAAUGGAGCUCUUCGUUGAUCUGCAUCCCCUGACAAAUACAACACCUCAUACUGUGGUUGAAACCAUGUCAGCUGCUAAAGCAAUGGUGCAGUUUAGGUCAUUGGGACUUCGUCACAUGAUCAUUGUUCCCAAAUGUCAGAUCACGGGGGUAUCUCCGGUGGUGGGAAUCUUGACAAGGCAAGACCUAAGGCCACAUAACAUAUUGAGUGCUUUCCCUCAUCUUGUGAAGCCAAAGGGGAGAAAGGCGCAUUGA